AUGACGAUUGAUCAACAAUGGGGAGACAUGAUGGACGAAACCGAGUUUGGGUACCCGCCCCAAACCGAGACAGUCGAGGGAGAUAUUAAGAAGAUAAUAUCCUACGAGGACCGGGACGAGAAAGUAUGUAAGGUAACCAGGUAUUACAAGCUUACCAAACUCAAGGUAGCUAAACCGAUCGCUGAGCGAAAGAAGUGGAGGAAGUUUGGAGAUUGUGCUACCGACGUAUCGGGAAUCAAUCCAGCUAACAGCAUGGUGGGAGACGCUGUAUUCCUUACACUUGCUACCAAGAAAGAGCAGCAAGACAAUAAGGACGACGAUGUUGCGGAGAAGAUGGCUAAACUGAAAGCCAGUGGUCAGGGCAUGGUUGUAUGCAGGAUAUGUAAGGGACCCCAUUGGACUAAACAGUGUCCUUACAAGGACACUUUGGGCGUGGCUCUGGAUGUGCAACAAGGAAAUGAGGAAGCUAACUCCGUGAAGCCACCAACCCGGGCACCAGGAGCCUACGUUCCACCCUCAAUAAGAAAAGGAGAACCUGCAGACUCCCAGACAAGGCAACGAGAUGAAAAUCCAACCAUUCGUGUUUCAAAUCUGGCUGAAGAAACGUGUGAAAAAGAUUUGCAAGAUUUGUUCAAACCAUUUGGGCCAGUCUCAAGAAUUUAUCUCGCCAAAGAUAAGAACACUGGAAUUUCAAAAAGCUCACGCCGUGUUACCAUGUGUUACACUGAGUACAAGUGUAAUGAUAUUUGA